AUGCAUCAAUCCGCCUUGCCCAACGAAACCCUACCCCGGCCUUUGGGAGGUUCCCCUAAAUGGCUGGAUUGGCGACAACAACCAAGGUUGCAGCAUGAUCGAUGACUGCAAUGUUGGUCUGAGUCCUUGGUCGGCCACAGAACAGCAAUG